GUCGACGAUUUCACUACUUCGAGGACUGAGCGAUAACGAAAGGGAGGAGGGAGACGGACUUUUGUUUGUUUUUAGCAUCGGGAUACUUUAGUGGCUUCUCGAGAGCGAGGCAUCGAAUGGGCGGACUUUGGUUAAUGAACAAACGUCGAUUGUUGUUGUUGGAAGAUCGAGAGACAGUGGAAGCCUCGAGAAAACCUCUCCGGAUAUUCGACACGAGGAAAUAAUCGACUGUUAUUAUUCGCGUACGUGAACAAACUUUAAGGUGCUAAAACAUUGAAGCUUUCUCGCCGAACCGGGAACCGCGGAGAAAUAUCUGAGAAGAGCAACGCCGCAGCAGCAGCGCUAUCCAGCAUCACAGCCAGAAACAGCAGCAGAACCAGGGGCAACACCCAUCUCUCGUGGCCUCGUCACGCGUUCGCCUUCUACGAUACUAUACUACGUACCAUACUAUAUAUUAAUACACUCCUCGCUUUACUACCCUCGUUCUCUCAAUAUACGCUUACUUAUUCUCACUGUGUACCAUCGAACGCGAUACAGCCGAUGCGAAUAAUAGCGCACAUUAUUAUACUCGCUCUCAAUUGUGCUACGAACUUGAUAAAUCGACGAGAACGAAACGUUAUUCGCAACGUAAAAACUAUCGUCGAGCGUCGAGGACCACUGAACUCAUUUUCAAUCUUUGAUCCCCCCAGUCUCCGUCUCUCUCCCUCCCUCUCUCGGGGUCAAUGACUAAAAAGGAAGGAGAAGACGCUGUUGCGUGUGUUACCGGUGAGCAUACGUUGUGCGCUUGUUGCGCUAAUAAAUAAACAUCCUCGUCGUCGUGCUCGGGCGAACGUAAUAAUCGAUAAGACGAUAAUUCCUCGCCAAAAUAAAGCGUUUCAUCGACGUACGUUUGUCGUUGGACCGACACGAUUGUUUAAACGGUUCACUUGUGACUUGGAAGUAGACAUUCGUCAAGAUUUUAAUCUCGAUUCGGUAUCCCGGAGUAUCCGAAAGAUUUUGUUACUGUUGUUUUUCAUAUUUUCGUGCCAAAUUAUUGAUAAUUGUGACGUGCCUCUCCCCGGACUAUUGUAUCUUCGAUAAAAUCGCGUACGCGAGUGCGUGGGUGUGUUUGAAAUCGUAUUUUUUCGAGCGGCCUCAAGUGUGCGCUCACAAUCGUCGUCGUCGUCGAGUUCAGUGUCUCCCAAAUUGUUAAUCAAUAGAUUUCUCUCCGAAGUGCAUCGAGGAUUUGUUCUCAAUGAUUCCCGCUACUUUAUCUCGAUAUUGAGUUAUUUCGAGUCCGUGGUGUUCGUACGACGCAAUACGAGCCAAUUGUUCAACGUUUUAUCCCCAAAUAGAAUGCUCGUCAGUGGCAUCUUCGUGGAUAUAUAUUAAAUUAUUCGGUUCUAUAAACGUCUACGAGGCUUCGUGUGUGAUCGACGAAUCUGGUCAACGAGACCCUAAAUCAAAGCAAAGACUGUUCAAUCUUCUCAAUCACUGAGAUAAUAACGCAAUUAUCAAAUGAUAUUCAAAGCUCGAAUAUCGAAAGCCAAAAUCUAAAGUGUUCCGAUAAUCAAAAUCAACGUAGCCUCAAUUGAAAACGAUAAUAAAUUAAACGGUAAUUGUAGCCGAUAGUUUUUAACAUCGAACGACUUUCGUUCGUAUUGAUCGAUCAUCGUAAGUCACCUUUAAUAACGAUUAUUACUCGGAAUAUUAAAGUUAAUGUGUCAACCGAUAAAAAAUAUUCGCUAAAGUAGUAACGUUCGUAAAUCAUUGCAACGUCGCGCCCCGCACUGUUCUCAACUUCGAAGUGUUCCAAUAUUUUCAACUAUUAAAAGCCAAAUUAAAAUUCGACCGUUAAACAAUAAUCAGUAUUAAACGUAUAUAAUAGAAUUUUCUCCAAUGAUAAAUCGCCACUAAAUAAAUAAAUAAUCAAAAAAACGUGUCAAAUCUGAGAUAAUCUCGUCGUGCAUUUAUCGAAUUAGUGUGUGACUAAUUAAUCAAACGUACGUACCACAUUAAGAGACAAAAAUGAUAAAAUUAGUCUCGUGCAUGUUGCUUAACGGGGUCUGGCCAAAUCCUUAGCUCGCACAGCACCAAGCGAAAGAUAUUUAGAAAGGCUCGAGUCCCGGUUACCGAUCGAAAGAUCAUCGAUCCUAGUGAGAAAGGCGCAAGAAAUUUCAUUGAUACGGACCGGGGGGGGUCCGAGAUAUCGAGCGAAGCAGCGACAUCUCAAGGACGGAGCCCAACUUUGCUAGCGAUUAAUAGCUGCAGCAGGCUUCGACGAGGAGAAAGAGGGAGAAAGGAUCUUGAAAGAUGGACGCGUUGGGUCUUCAAGCAGCGUUGGUGAAGCUGGAUCCGGCGACUACGGUAACGCCGAUCGGUUCGAGCGUCAAAAUGUUGCCGCGUCACCGGCCGUCUUUCGAGGUCGACGAGGCCGAUUUGACCUUGCGCAACGUAUUGAACACACGGGACGACGAAAAGUCUCACAAUCAUUCUGGCCAUCAUCACAAUCAUCAUCAAAAGAACAGCACCGGUGGAAGCAGCACCGAGACCUCGAGCAGCGGUCAAAGUACAUUCAGAAAAUUACAAAUCGCCAAUAACGAGUCGGUAGGUAGCGGCAGCGUAACAACGGUAUUGCCCGCGAGUGGGACGAAUAAUCAUCAUCAGAACAAUCACAAGAAUUCCUCCUCGUCAUCGACGUCGUCGUCGCAGAAAAUCGCAACGACAAAGUGCACCAUUACCGAGGUCAGGUGACGCCAGCCUUGUUUCGGUGUUAACAUGAUAUACCACACUUAUCCGCCGCAUCGCGGCAGCACCAAAUCACACGGGAAACAUCAUCAUGCCAAGGAGAAAAGACAUCAUCAUCAUCACAGU